AUGACCGACAAAAGAACGACUCGAGCUGUUGCAAGACACGCCAUUGUGGGUGUCUACACACUGGCCUUUCUGGCAUACUCGGCAUGGCUCUUCUACCGAAUGGUGAGCCGAUUGAGCGACAACGACGACAACUGGGUGUUGGAACCGAUUGGAAUUUUGUUGCUCGGAGAAAUGGGUGUCGAUGAGGCGCUGGAGCGGCUUUAUGAAAAGGGUAAGGUGACUGAAAUCCAACAGUGGUGGUCCAUGAUGUUCAACUUUGCAUUUUUCACUGUUUUCAGUCUCUAUCUCGACACUGAAGCGUGGAUUGUUAUGAAAGAGGCGGUUGGUGAUUACUCUCGUUCGUCGUGGUCCCUGAUAGGAGCUGGAAUGACGCUGCUUGGGUUGGUAUGGUACAGUCGACUUCCUGAACGAGCUGAGGGUUUUAUUCGGCUGCCUUGA